GCUUUUUUUUUUUUGGGGGUGUAAAAGUAGCAUCUUUGCAAAAAACGCAUCUUUUUCAACAAACGCAUCUUUUUUUCUCUUGAAGAAACGAAAGAGCAGCCUUCGUUCGAGAUCGCCUCUUCUUCGGCUUCUCCCUCUUCUGUCCGCCGCCCUUUUCUUUCCUGCCGCCGAAAGUUAACCCCCGAAAAAAAAAAGGAAAAAAAAAAAAAAUGGGCGUGACGAAGGAAGACGUGGAAGCCGCCCUCAACUCCGCCCUCAGCCCUUCCCAUCUCGAGGUGAUCGAUACUUCCGGAGGGUGCGGGGCGAGCUUUGAUAUCGAGAUCGUGUCGGAGAAAUUCGAAGGGAAGAGGCUGCUGGACCGGCAUCGGAUGGUGAAUAAUGCGUUAGCCGAGCAGAUGAAGCACAUCCACGCCCUCUCCAUCAAGAAGGCCCUCACCCCGGUACAGUGGAAGCCCAAAGAGGAACAAGAGGCCCGCAAAGAGUAACACAAAAAGAAUGCGAGGCCUCCCUUGAACAUUCGUUCAUUUGCAUACUGCUCUUCGAACUUUGAAAAGUUAAAAUCGAACUUUACAAAUCUUGUAGUUGUAUCAAUCAACCGUCCUGAUUUCUGUUAAUUUUUCCUUAAUAAUCAUCAAUUACACGAAAGCCAGAUGACUCGAAUAUACCUGUCGUACUGAAUGCUUGGCUUUUAUGCGAUCGAAGAUUGUUAAGAAAGGUUACUAUUAAUUUCCAGACGAGGUGGUCGAUUGAAAGAAUUAUGAAAUUUACGUUGUUUAUUUUUAACUUUUUAUUGUUCGGGAGGCAAUCUCUAAAUGUGCUAAUGUUCAGCAAGUCUCGCAUAUUUUUCCUAAGAUUAAUCAUCUCCAAGCUCUAAAAUGGAAAGGAAAUCUCUAAUUCCAUUUACUUAUCUAAGUUGUUCCCUUAUAACUGUCUGAUAAAAUGACUCAGGUCGUUUGUUUUGGUGCUUUGAGCUGGAAUAAUAUGUUGUUUGCCAUAUUUGGAUUAUGGGGAUUCAUAACACAGAUUCUUGUUGAUAAGUAGUUGAUUGAGCUUUGAAAGGGUUUGGAAUUA